AAACCUAUCGCGCGCGCGAAGAUAGUAGCACCGAUGGCGCCGUCUGCGUACCUACUCACAAACUGCGCCGCCUGCGCCGCCCCACUGGCCCACGACGCGCCACGAUGCGUGCGAUGCCGAUCCAGAUAUUGCGAUGCCACCUGCCAGCAGGACCACUGGCGCCGCGGCCACAAGCAGAUCUGUAAGAAAAUACACCGCGGCGGCGACGCGGAACGAUACCACGCCAACAAAAAAUAUAAGGAGGCCGUCGCGGUCGCGGUCGAGAAGUGCGCCGAGGACGCGAAAGGUCAGACGUGCUACAUAUGCACGAAGGGCGUCUUUCAGCGCACAAAUGAGGGCCUCGUGCGCAUGUGCGCGUGCCGCGGGACGGCGGGCUUUGCCCACGUGUCGUGCUUGGCGGAGCAGGCGAAGAUUUUGGUCGCGGAGGCGGUGGAGAACAAUUUGGAUGACAAGGUCUAUCAGGCGAGAUGGGACCGGUGGUCUACGUGUAGCCUGUGCGAGCAAGAGUACCGCGGCGUCGUUGCGCACGCGCUUGGAUGGGCGUGCUGGAAGACGUACUGCGACAAUGUAUUUGGGCGCGUUGCACUGAAUCGUCUCGCAACGAGUAUGAUGAAAGAUGAGCGGUGGGAAGAAGGACUUCUCGUGCACCAGUCACAGUUGGCGAAGCUUCGUACGGAGUUCCCUGUUAAUCAAGAAGGAGUCAUAGACGUCCUGAAUAAUCUGAAAGAGUGCUACGAGAAACUCGGCCGGACUGAUGCGGCUAUCGCCACCUCACGCGAGAUUUAUUGCGAGAAGGGACAAUUUUAUGGAAAUUCGCACAGAUCGACCUUAUUGGCUGCCGGGAAACUAGCAGCGGAUCUCGUACACCACAGGCAUUUGCACGAGGCCAAGGAGCUAUUGAGCAAUUUAUAUGACUUGCAGAAGGUCGGGGACGACGUUGAUGAAUUCCACUUGAAGGAAUUGUACGCGAUGACCCUCCACGAUUUCCACUUCUACGGCUAUGACGACUACCGCGAGGACCUGCGCAAGGCCCUGGAGAUCCUCGAGGAGUUGGUCGAGACAUCGAUCCGCGUUCAUGGCGAGGACCAUGUCAUGACCGAGAGCUUGUGGGACCUUCUGUGGCAAGUACGUGACGAGCAGCUCGACUGGAGUAUCGAUGAUCUCACGCCGGAGACCCGUUUGGCGUACCAUUACGACGGUAAGUACGAGUACUCGGCCGACUCGGAGGAGGACGCCGACACGGCGGCGACGACCACUUCGUAUAUAUCAGAAACGAGCGAUUUUGAAAACGCGUAA